AUGCCUAGUUUAUCUUGUCGAAGGCAUACAACUUGCGCACUUUUCAUGAUAGUUCGUGACGAAUACAAAUGUACUCAAAAUGAAACAGGCUUCGAAAUCGUCGACUACGGGAUUUUAAUCAAAGCGAUUCCCGAAUUCAUAUUUCUUACAAUAACAUUUAUAUUCACCAUCCUCACUUUUAUUGUGAUUCGUCAAAAUCGUCACAUUUUAUCAGAGACUAAGAGAAAAGCCGAACUAUCGAUUAUCUAUCAAAAUACUCCGAUUCUCAUUGCGUUCAUUUACAAAUACAUCGGAGCUUUGGUGAUUUAUUUCAUUCGAAACGAGGGAAGCUACGAUGAUCGAGAUGAUUAUUUCAGAAUGGUUGUUUGUAGCGUCUUUAUACGUGUCGAAUCAAUUUUUCCGGUGGUUUAUACGGCCGCCAAUUUUGCGAGAUUUCAAAGUUUAUUUUCUUGCUGUGCUUGUUGCUUGAAAUGCUGCUGCUGUUGCAAGAGAAGAAAUCGAAUCAGUGAUAAUUCGUUACAAUUCAAGAGCACAACAAGAAUGAAUAAUGUUGUAGAAAAUUGA